AUGGCUAUGGUGGUUCGGCUUCCCGAUGAGCAAGAGAUAGAGUGUGAUUUCUUUCCAAGCUUCACUAGAUCGCAGGACAAGAAGCUGGCUAAUCUUCCCCCCAAUCUCUCCCAACACGCGCCCGCGCACGACCCUUACUCUCUGCCCUUCCGCUGCUGGCCCGGGAAUGUGAGAGCCCACUACAACUUAAACGCCGCCAACGCCCUCGUCGUGGGAACGACUUUGCACGACCUCAACACCGUCGAGGCAAGAACUCCCGCCGCCGCCGAUGUGGAAAGCAUUGGCAAUGCCGACGAGGGUGAUGGAGGCGGCGACGCUGCCGCCGAUAGCCUGGACAACGAGGAGGAAUCUCCAUCUGAGGAUUGCGUAGCACAAGAGUACGAGAAUCUGCAACCGGUGGAUGGAGUGGACGCGGUGGACGGAGUGGACGCAGAGCAGCAAAUCAAUCUCGAGAACGAUGAGAACUCGACUCCUGCGUUUGGUGUUCUAACCUACAGUGACGUAGUCCCCAUUGAAGCGGCCAGGGCUCGUUUCGUGCAGCUGAUAAUCGAUCGCUUUAUCCAGCCCCGUUCAUAUCCCGUGUCCGAUUCCCCCGAAGGGAACUAUAGCAAUCCAAACUCGAAGGAGAAAGAGAGCAAACGCAAGCCGAGUGAGGUGCACUACGAGGGCGACCCCAGGUACCUCCUGCCUUUGACGUUCGUCGCCAACUUGUACGAGACGCUCAUCUCGGAGAUCGAUGCGAGGCUGCACACCGUCGAGGGUGUCCACGAGAAGACGAUGGGAGUUGCCCUUGAGGCCUCUGGAGGGCUAUAUAGAAAGCUGGUGAAAAAGUUUCCAAAGUCCGGCCAUCCGGUGUCUUUCAAGAGACGGGAGAUGGCAUCCGCGUUAGAAGCCAAAACAAAGUUCCCUCAGCUCGUUAGAGGAGACGAAAAGCGUGUAAGGUUCGUCGUUGUUCACGGCCUGGAGCUGAUUGAGCGUCCGGAGAUGCCACAAGAGGAUGCUGAGUGGUUUAAGAGACUCACUGGAAGACAAGAAGCCGCAGUUACCGGAAGCGACUACAACUUCUAUUCGGCCAGAGUUAAACACCGCCGGCUUACUGUUCGUGAUCCACCACCCGUGCCACAGCAGUAUCAGGCCGGGGAGUCUCCCAGUGUCAUAACACCACACUCUCCGACUCGUGAUCACCAGCAGAUCCAGAUGCAGCAGUCCCGUGUUCGUCACCAGGUGCAGCAGCCAUCACAAACACACACCCCGCGCACUCCUCCCCAUGUAUCACGCGAUAUACAGUCUGGGAUUCAUCCUGGAAUGACCGUGAUGGUUCCGCCUCCGAGCCCCGCAAAAUUCUGCGACCAGUGUGGAGCUCCCUUCUUGAGGGAAACAUCCAGGUUCUGCACAGAUUGUGGGAACAAGCGACAUGGUGUGCCAUGAAAACUCUGUACGUAAUACACAGCCUUCUUUCCUUGUGAUUGUUGUGUAUC